AUGACCAGACAACUGUUCCGUCAAUGGUUUUACUCGGAAUUUGUACCCGCAGUUCGGAAAUUUUCGACCGAUAAUGGGCUGAAACCAAAGGCAUUGCUGGUUCUUGACAAUUGCACCAGUCAUUAUGAUGUUGAUGAACUUCUACAAAGCGACGAUGAACUUAUUCAAGUUAUUUACCUUCCGCCGAAUGUGACUGCAGAAUGUCAGCCGAUGGCUCAAGCAGUGAUAAAUGCGAUCAAGCGAAAAUAUAAGAGGAAGUUGAUGCUUGCAUUGAUUCUCGAAAACGAUCACUUGAGCUUCGGAGAACGGUUGAAGAAGAUUACUCUUCAAACGUACAUUUCAUGGUUGGCUACUUCUUGGGAGAAAAUCUCUGACAAAACCAUGCGUAGUUCGUGGAAGAAGCUACUCGACGGUUUGUCAGUUGAUCUCGGUGAGGAAAAUUCGACAGCAGACGAUGACGAUUUUAAAGCACUUGUGUCAAAUAUCGAUAAUCUGGCUGGAACAAAAACAUCGGACCCGGAUAUUGAUAUGUGGAUCAAUGACGAGAUAUACGACGCAGACCUUAACCCAGAUUGGGUUACCAGUGAAGUGUUUACUGACGACGAAAUUGUGUCAUCGGUCCUCGAUAAAGACCAAUCGCAAAUGAACGAAAAUUGGCUAGAAGACACAACGGAGGUAUCUAACACCUUCAAUGAUUCUGAUACAAAUGCAGAAAAUCCAGGUUUUGGUGAUGCAAUCAAAUCUGUUGAUUAUUUGCUUCGCUACAUGAAGCAUGAUCCUGCUGAAAUCUGCCGCUUGAAUGCUCUGCGAUCAAAGAUAAUGGAAGCAGAAUGGCUAAAACGUGCUUUUUGA